GCUGCUGAAGUAAACCAAAAACUACUGUGGACUUCGCAGAGUAAGAGAGAAUUCAAUAGUGUAUAGAGUUAGAGCUGAGUAUAAGACUAUUAGAGAAAAAGUGUCAUCCCACAAAACAGCCCUGAAAAUCUACACAAAACAUAAGAAUUGGAACUUUAAAUAAAAGAAUAUUCCAGAUUUAUGACUCUCUAGUUUCUUUAGAGGCUAGAUUGGACGCUGUAGAUCCUGAUAAAUUAGGAAUUGAAGACUCCAAUACCAAUUGCAUAAAACAGUACAAUAGACUUGAGGAUAAGCUUGGAUUUCUUAUUGGAUACACACAUGAGAUACUCCUGAAGGUCGGGAAACAAAAUAUGAUAGACCUGGAUAGCUCAGGUAAUUUCUAUUUUCUGGUAUUGCUACCACUGAAUCGAAAUCUUUGUUGAGGUAUUCCAACUAAAAAUUUAUUGACCAAUUACACAAGAAUAUACCCAAGCGAUAUGUCCUUUAUACAUCUCUUGCACUCGGAUCGAGUUUCCAAUCAAGAUAUUAAAUGUUCAACUCCGAAUAUAUUUGCUAUCUAUUUUGCAGAGCUUUGCCCUCUCAGAGAAGCAUUGAGACUAACUAAACCAAGUGUUUAA